AUGGUAGUCAAUGCAGCACUCAAACGACGACGAGAAAAUAUCUUGGCUCAAUUGGUUAUUGCGAAGAAUACCAAUGUCGAGCUAAUUAAGAAAUAUGAAGAGAAGAAACUUGAGGAACAUAGAUGUGAACAACGAAUUAUUGAUAAAUGUGCGGAAAUGUCAACGAAUCUUCAACAACGUAUGGAUGAAUUGAUUGAAAGUGGUUCGGUUGCGGCGACGUCGAAGAAAACGGAAAAAAUGCUUGAAAAAGCUCAUCAAUGGAGUCAAGAAAUGACUGAUCGUUUAGCAUCGAUUCUAUGUUUACAAGAAUCACCUGAACAAUCUCGUACUAGUUUAACAAUGCCGGCAGCAUUAUCAAACAACAACAACAACAAUACACUUCUUGACACAACUAUCGCUCGUCGUCAAGCAGCAGCUGCUCAAUUACAAUUAGCUGGCCUUUCAGCUUCAUUUUACGUUCAACAAGGUCGCAAAUCGCUUUCAGUUUCCAUUCAAAAAAGUCCUCGAACACGUCAUUUACAUAAAAAUACAAAUAACAAUCAUAAUAACAAAUCAACGGUCGAUGAGAACGAUGUUAAUGACGAAAAUAAACCGAUGGAAGAUGUCUCUCAAAUGCCUAUUGAUGACGACGUCGCUGGUGAAGGUGAAACAACAAUCGAGCAAGAUUCGAAUCGAAGUCCGACUCCACCACCACCCCCACCGCUUCCCGAUUUCUAUAUCGUUGAAGAUGGUCUCAACUAUACGAAAAAAGGUGAAAAGAAACAUUUUACCGUUCAAAAUCGUUAUGGACAAUUUAAAAUGGUUCGCAUCACCGGUGUUACCGAACCAUUUCAAUGCAAAGCUCGUGUUAUGAAUAUGCCUCCGCACUCACAAAUGCCUUUAUCAAUUGCAUUUAUCCCGACAAUAAGCCAACGUGGUAAACCAUACGCAUGCACAAUUACAUUACGUACCCGUUCCGAUGAUGGCCAAGAUGAAAUUGUUCUCGAACGUUCACUCACCGGUCAAUGGGUUUGA